AUGCUAAGUAGAUCAAUAAACAGCAAAAGGUUAGCAUUCGGUUCCCGUUUUAUUUCACAGACUAGCGGUCUUUUGCAAACCGUCAGUCCUUUGGAACGUCCCGUAACUGUUGACCGGGAAUUACCAGACCCAUUUGCUAAGAAGAGACAGAACCGGAGAUACUUCUGGGCAUAUGCCAUCGGGGUUACUAUACUGUGUGGUAUUAUUUUCAACUAUGAAAAGACACGGUCGCCUAUCAUUAAUUCAACAAUGUAUUUCCUUAGACGUUCUGCUGUAGCUAAGGAUCAAUUGGGAGACCACAUUGAUUUUAAGACAUCGUGGCCUUGGAUUUGGGGGAAAUUGAAUACUGUACAAGGUGAUAUUAAUAUUCAUUUUGAUGUUAAGGGUGAUAAAGGGUUAGGUGAAUUACGGUUAAAGGCCCAUAGAGAAAGUUCCAGACAUCCAUUUAUUAUAGAACAGUUUGUUUUGGCAAAAGAUGGUAUUGAUCACGAUUUGACCAAUGAUCCUACCAUUGAUUUUGAGAUUUAG